AUGGUGGUCACGGCUGAACAAAAGCUUCCGAUCAUACAGGGUGCAACAGCUGCCUUCCUUAUACCUGGUAUUGCAUUAAUGUCCCAACCAGAAUGGCGAUGCCCUUUUAAUGAAGAAACAAGCGGCAAUGACACCAUAAACUUACCGGAAGUUGGAAGCCAGCAACACAGGUUGCUUUGGACAAGGCGACUCUCUGUGGUGUCCGGAUCACUAAUGGUGGCUUCCGUUUUCCAAAUGUUUCUGGGUGUGACAGGAUUGGUUGGAUUUUUACUAAGAUUCAUUGGUCCGAUCACAAUCAGUGUUGUGACGUCAUCCAUAUCGCUCUCUCUUUUCCCCAUUAUAACGUCAUAUGCACAAAAGCAGUGGUAUAUAGCUUUUGCAACCAUUGCCUUUGUGGUUACUUUCUCACAAUAUCUCAAGAGAUGGAAAAUCUGCGAACUGUUUCCGAUAUUGUUAUCGGUUGGUUUAAGUUGGCUCCUCUGCUUCGUGUUGACUGUAACUGGAGUAUUCACAGAUGAUCCAAACGGCUGGGGAUACGGCGCUAGAACCGAUAUCAAGACAGAUGUAUUAACGAAAACCAGCUGGUUUAGAUUCCCACACCCAGGUCAGUUUGGAUGGCCCUCCGUGAGCAUUGCUGGAACCUGUGGUAUGCUAGCUGGUGUUAUAGCAUCAGUAAUGGAAUCAAUCGGUGAUUACUACGCAUGUGCAUUGCAAUCUGAUGCAGGGAAGCCUCCAUCACAUGCAAUAAACAGGGGCAUUGCUGUUGAGGGACUGGGGUGUUUAUUGUGUGGACUUUGGGGAGAAGGCAUCGGAACGACAUCAUACAGUGAAAAUAUUGGAGCUAUUAGUAUUACGCGGGUUGCAAGUAGAACCGUCAGCUUGGUAGCUGGGUGCAUUUUUAUGAUAAUGGGAUGCAUUGGGAAAGUUGCAGCUCUAUUUGUAACUAUUCCUGAACCUGUGCUUGGAGGUUUAUUCCACGUGACUUUAGGCAUGGUGCUAUCUGUUGGUCUUUCUAAUCUCCAGUUUGUUGACAUGUCAUCGCCAAGAAACAUUUUUGUAGUUGGAACUUCUAUUUCCAUUGGGCAAACGCUGCCCAACUGGCUAAACGCUAACAUCUCAAGCAUAAAUACAGGAAUUACACUGUUGGACCAGAUCAUCAAUGUUUUACUGGGCACCCACAUGUUUGUUGCUGGGAUGGCGGCCUGCUUUCUGGAUAACACAGAGUCCGGCACACGAGAAGAGAGAGGAUUUACUCGUUGGAAGAAAAGCACGGACAUUCUAAAAGAAAAUACAGACUCUAAUGUGUAUGGUUUCCCUUUCUUCCAAAGUUUUUUCAACAGACUGUCUUGGACCUCAUACAUUCCGGUGUGUCCUGCCUUUCAAUCAAAGAAAAAACGGGAAAACGCGACCCAGCAGACACAUUUUUAGUUUUCUUUAAAAUGUUCUCAUUUUUAAGAGGCACAAAGCUAUUUUAAUCCUUUUUCAACUUAAAGUAGUGUUGUAAUAGUAAUUAAAAUAGAAUAAUUGGGAACCUGCCCGUGUUCCUGCUAAAUACCAUUCACUGUGGUUCAAUUUUUAUUCACCUCGUUAGUAUAUAUCUUAAGUAAAUAUUCUUUUACGUUGAUCAAACAAGUGAACUAUUGUUUUUCUCAUACAUACAUCUUUUUGGCGACUUUUACACCCAACGAACUUUUAUAGAACAGGCAGGGCACAUAAACAAUAAACCUUCUUUAAAAAAUAUCUCUACAUUUAACACAACUCUUUUGCAUCAGAAAGGCAACACAAUCAGUAUGUUUUGUAUCCAAAGUACUAGCUAGUAAUAAAUUAUCCUACAUAAGGCAAAAAUUCUCACAUGAUAAAGAAGAUGGGAUAUAUUCCAUGAUUAUCCCCUGAUUAUCCUAAUAUAUCACAGAAUUUUUUUCUUAAGAUUUUUCACAAUAUUUUUUCCUUUUGUAUAUCAAAGAGGUUCGCUCCUUAGAUUUUCGGUAGCCAUUUUGCGUCACUCUAGUCUGACAAUUCUGCAUCACAUAUUUAUUUUAGUAGUAUAUUUAUAUUUUACAAUGCCAAAUGAACUUUAUUGAAUAGAAUUGUUUUAAAAAAAUUACACUUUGUUUUGUGGCGGAAAGCUUUCUUGAAAUAAGGAAAUGAACAAUUUUCAUAGCUUACUAGUUUUAGAGUACUGUUACUUUAGCUUUCUAAUUUUCAGCGCAGACCAAACUUUUUGAAAGUUUGUGUAUUACGAUAUUUUCAUGAUGUUCUGAAAUAUAUAUUUAAACAAUAUUUUGAUAUUUUUAUCGAUAUAUUUUGCCAUAUUUAGCUAAUAUUUCAUAGAAGUUAAGAAAAAAUUAACUCAAAUUUAGGCCUAAAAUUAGCUUAUUUCAUGCUAUAUCUCAAUUUUGUUAGAUAUGACCCGUACUUGUAAAUGAGAAAUUAAAUGUAUGUCUAUUUGUACAUGUUUGCAAAGUUUUGGAAAGAUGACAUUACAAUAUUUUUUUGUAUUUACGUUAUAAUGGGAUUACUCAAACAUCCAACAUCUGUGGUUGUGUUUAUUAUGUACUGGCCUUUGAAGCAACCAGUAAAGCAAAAACUUUUAAACGUUGACCUAGAUUUUACUUUUAUAGUCACUACAUGUGUUCAACUUUAUACUAUAUUAAAAUCAUUGCUAAAUAAUAGUUCAAACUAUAUAUUUGUCUGAUUUCUUAAAAUUAUCAAUUUCCAUAUGAAAUUUUAGCAAAUAUUUUAGGAAAAUUAUAAUUUCUGAUUUCAGCCCUAUAUUUCCAAAAAAUGGCAUAUGAC